UUGUUGAAUACUUUCCUGCUUCCUCUUCAGUCACGGUCUGCGUUUCCACUGACCACAAACUGCAAACACAGUCUCACAGGGGUCGGAAGUAAGUACGUUUGCAAGGUAGAUCUACCGAGGUGGUGGUUAGAGUAGAGUGUGAUGACCGCCCUUUCAUGAGAAGGGAAUCAGUCUUGCUUGCGGCCAUCGCCGUGGAGAUCGCGAGCUAUGGCUCCCGGCGGAAAUAAGAAGAAGAAGAAGGCUGGUAAGUCUCACUUCGUGCACCAGAAGAAGAGGGUCUUCCGUGCCAGCGAGCCCCUGCUUAGUGUGUUCAUGUGGGGCAUCAAUCAUUCUACGGCUGCAUUAAAUCAUGUCAACAUUCCGGCUGUCUUACUACCCGACGAUUUCCGGGCAUGCAGUAAGAUCAAAGUCGAGAAUCACCUCUUCAACGAGGACAUCUUCCCUGGCAAGUUUAAAUUCAAGUCCUACUGUCCGCUGGUUUUUCACGAUCUCAGGAAGCGCUUCGGAGUAAGCGAGACGACUUUUAUGAACUCGCUCACUCAGUUGGAGCCACGUCCCAUGGAUAAUGGGGGAGCAAGCGACUAUGUCAGCCAUGAUGGUCGCUUUGUCAUCAAAACAGUCCAGGGUGACGAAGUGGUUGCCUUGUUUCAUCACAUCAUCAUGCAGUAUCACCAGUACGUGGUGGAGAGCGAGGGCAACACGCUGCUGCCACAGUACCUGGGGAUGUAUCGUCUCACGGUCGGCACAGCCGAGUCGUAUAUUCUGGUCAUGCGCAACAUCUUCAGCUCCACACUACCCAUUCACCGCAAGUAUGACCUGAAGGGUUGUGCAUACUCUCGAUCGGCAUCCAGCAAGGAAAGAGCCAAGGAUCUGCCGACACUGAAGGACAGUGAUUUCCUUCUAGAUGGUGCGAAGCUUCAGGUGGGCGCCAAGAAUAAGGAAGCUAUUUUGAAACUGCUCGAGGCCGACACUGACUUUCUGGCCAGCCUCAAGCUGAUGGAUUACAGCCUUCUUGUGGGAAUCCAUGAUGCUGACUGUCGGCAGCGCCAGGCGGUAUUCCAGUACAGAGACGAGGACGAUGAGGAAGCGUCCGGGACGGGCACAGGCGACGAGUCGGCGCAGGAAGACUGCUCUGCGGACGAGGCGGCGGCUCUUGCCGGCGAAAUGUCGGCUCUGUCCGUGCUGCGGCGCGUUCUACGCGAGCCAAGGCCUAUUGUGGUGGCGGACUCUGCAGAGGCGCGUCGCGCCACCAGUUCCGACCAUUACCCGGUGGUGAGGCGAGACAUUGAUCACUAUGCAUUUGCAGCCUGCGACGGCGUACACGAUUCACGGUCCCCCGUCCCAGGGACACUGACUGAAGAAGAGGACGAUACUUUUGUUGUGGACAAGCCUGACACACAGCUCACUGUAUCUGGCGCAGUCAACAACACUGCAUCGGCUCCGAACCAGCGUACGUCACCCAUAGCGUCGGACAAGGACGACGGGUUGCUUGAAGCAUCCGAGCGAUCACGGCCAGCAACAGCACCGAGCCAGUCCCAUCGCACGGGUGCGCGGCAACCCCUUAAGGCCACACUCUCAGCACCACGUGACUAUGGCUCAAGCUCUGAUAGUCGUUCUAGUCACCACUCACCAAAUAUUACAUACAGUCGGCCCCACUCGAGGAGGUGUUCCGCAGACGAAAUAUUGGCAGGCUUGUUGUCAACUGGCAGCAGCAGCAGCAGCAACCCAUGCAAGGAGCGAAUUUCAAUAGAUUUAUCCAGUUCUAACAAGGUUUACUACCUUGGCUUAAUUGAUGUGCUUGCACACUAUGGGCCACGCAAAAUGGCUGCCCACACUGCCAAGACAGUCAAACUCCGCGCCGACGAGGUUAUGCCGGCAAAUCCAAAGGCCUACGCCCAGCACUUUCUCCAGUUCUUUGAGAAGCACCUUGCCUAAACGGAUCACGUUCAUGUCUGUCCCCGAAUUGCUUUCAUGAAUUUUCGAUUCCAAGCCACAUCGUCACCACUCUGGUCAGCUCCCACCUCUCUCUCUCUCUCUCUCUCUCUCUCUCUCUCUCUCUCUCUCUCUCUCUCUCUCUCUCUCUCUCUCUCUCUCUCUCUCUCUCUCUCUCUCUCUCUCUCUCUCAUCCUGUGUUUCUGUCUCAUUAACCCAUUACGAAAAUUGCAGGUGAGACAGCCUGCAAAAGGAGUUUUCAUUUAUUGUAUGCGCAUAGUUUCUGUUGGCAGCCUCGGAGUGCCUUGUUCACACAACUGCAGGACAAACGUGUUGUGAAUAGUGUUUUUCUUCUUGUGAUCCAGAACUAAGGUCGGGUGUCUGACAUGCCAGUGCUACUGUAUUCACACCUUCCUUUUCUACUAACACUAGUUCCAAUCCCUUUUUUGUGUGUAUUGCUCUUGAAGAAGGUUUGAUGAAAUCUGUUGUAAUGAAAAAGAACACAUACCAAAACAAAGAAACUGACCGCUGGAAUUUAUUUCGUACAUUUAUUUUUUCCAUUUUCUUUCCUUUUUAGAAUUUUGAAACUUCUUGCUAAUGUACUUUAGUAUAUACCGGUAUAGUAUUUUGUACAUUCACCAACAUCACUAUGAGUAAGAAGCUGUUGGUAGAACAUGCUGACAUAAUACUUAAUAGUAUGACUGUGUCUGCAGUGUUGAGUUCUGUCAUCCGUGACACAGAGAAGGCUCGGCCAAGCGGACAGCUACUACCGGUAGUAUACUACAAUGUUGUGAACAAUUUAAAAGGCGCAGCUCUUCUGUCCUAGAUGCUGUAGACGCUUACCGUAUUUUCUCUACUAAAAGCAUGCAUCUUUUAUUUUUUCAACCACCCUCCGACCCGACCCGUGCUUUUAUAAUUUCAAGCCCCCCUUGCUAGCAUGCUGUGUUUCUGUCUUUUUUUAGUGAUCACUUUCUUCAUAUUUCUGAUAAAUUUCAGUAUCCAUACUGGAAAUUAAAUUGCAUGACUUUGUGCCUUUUAUUGGAGAAGUGCCUUUAUUUAAUAGAGAAAAUACGGUAUCAUGAUUAUGUAAUUGUAAUGCCAUACCA